GAGACGUCACAGCGCCUUGAGCUCUAUAUCCCCCCCACUUACACCGUCACUCGUCCUGCUUCAUCCUUUCCUGCUUGCUCUCUCAUUCAUCCGUCAUUCACUCUAAUAAAUUCAUUUUUGCAAGCAUGUCUGGUUCUCUGAUUGAUUUCCGCUCCCUCGUCGACUCGUACGACUUUGCUCCCGACGGCCGAGAAAAGUUCAACACCUUGUUCGGCCUCCUGGACAAAGCCAUUGGCAGCUCCGCCAGCCACACAUCUGACGCCAAUGAGGCCGUCGCCAAUGGCAUCGACGAGAUAAGCAACCGCGACGAGCCAGAGGGCUAUCUCUGGACAUUAUGGACGCUCUUGAUUGAAAUCUCAAAGCGCAUCCCGUUGGACGACCCGCGGGUGCAGAGCUUGGUUGAAAUUACCCAGAAGCUCAAGGUCAAGAAAAGCGCAACGGUGGAGGUCUGGGGAACGAAGUUUAGCCUGUGGACUGACAUGCCGCUCUUUGGCGCCGUCAUGAGAGAGGCGUGGAAUGGCACUCCUAAUUACGACAACUCCCCCGAAGAUGCCACCACAAUCGCCCAAUGGAAGUCGCUCAACUCAUUCGCCGCCCGCCUCCUCGGCUCUUCCGUGGAGUCUUGGACGAAUUUCGCCCUGUGGGAACUUCGCGACGGGCUGGAAGAGCCGCUGGAGUCUCAACAGGCCAAGGACACGCACUUGAUAACCGCAUCGGAAUGGAUCACCCACGCUGGCAAGGUGUUGUACGAUGAAGGGCGCAAGGGAGUGCCGGUGGGCGAAGAUGAUGUACAGUCUCUCAGUACCGGUUCGCUGUUGAAAGGGGAAGCUUCGGGAUUUAGUGAAGCGAGAUGGGACUUCUGGAAGAAGAAGAUUCAAGAGCUGAGCGUGGGAGCGGGUGCCGAGGCGAAGAAGAGGGCGGAAAAGGCCUUGGAGGUGAUUAAGAGCCUCGAGGCUUGAAGCCAUCUCAAACUUCAACAAAAUAUGUACCAAGCAAGAAAUGGGGGUAAAUUCUUCAUUUCGCUUUCUAGAUCUUACGCAGCCAUAGCAUGAUAAAUCUCCACUUUGCCUUGUUUCACACACAACGUGGCCUCCCAAAUGAACCCAAAGACUCCUGUACGCCGAACCCAUCUUGCGCCGCAUCUCGCCCAUCACGCAUACAUCAUAUCGCCAUCCUCCUCUUCGUCGUCCUCCACAAUUGGAAUCUCCUUCCUCUUGCCCAUCUCAUCACGGCACAUGGGACACGUCCCCUUGCUCCUCAGCCACGGACCAACGCAUUCCAGAUCAAAACGAUGCUUUCCCUGGCACGGCAGCUCCACGACAAGACAAUAUUCGUCCUCCAAGUAGGGUAUUUUGCAGAUGGCGCAGUCAUCCUCCUUGUCGAGCUUCUUCCGGUUCACUCGCUCCAGCAUAUCGACAAACUCCUGACUCGCGCCCUGCAGUCUCGUCGGCGGAUCAUGAAUGUCGUCCUCUAGGGAGGCUAUCAGCUGCUCUAGAAAAUCGCGAUUGCCCUCUGUAGGCGCAGUCGUCUGCAGCGUCUGGAGCUGGCUCUGCAGGAGACGGAAGAGCGCGGCUGUGUCGACGGGCGUCGGCGUGGCGUGCGGGUUGUGAUGGGGGUUUUCGGUGCUGCCUGGCUCAUCGAGCUGGUUGAGGAGGGAGAAGAAGGAGGCCAUGUCGACGCGGCGGCCUUGGCGACGGGGCUCGGAGAGUUUUACAUUGUGUUCGAGUUCGUACUGAGUGGCCAUGAUGGGCAGCGUUGCGGAGCAAGAGCGCCGAAUGACGAAAAACAGCUAUUCACAGACAAUUCUGCCGAGUUCAAUUGGUUCAAAAGAUGCUCCCAUCAAAGAGGCGGAUGGGCUGUCCGCAGCAUAAAGAGAAAACUGAACCAGCGCAGGCAGAGAUGCUGUCGCAAGCCCGCAGC